AUGGAUAUUUGGGAGGCAAAUUCCGUCUCCACAGCAUAUACACCUCAUCCUUGCUCAGUUGUCGGACAGACACGCUGCUCUGGAACAGACUGCGGAAUCGGUGCUAGAUACUCGUCCUUGUGCGAUGCCGAUGGAUGUGAUUUCAACUCCUACCGUAUGGGUGUCCUCGAUUUCUACGGACAGGGUAAGACGCUCGAUACAGCCAAGAAGAUGACCGUUGUCACCCAAUUCAUCACCAACGACAACACCGACACCGGCACCCUGGUUGAGAUUAAGCGCUUCUAUGUCCAGGACGGUGUAACUUACGCCAACACAGAGUCUGCUAUUGAAGGAGUCACCGGUAACUCCAUCACCGACGAAUUCUGUGAGGCUCAGAAGACUGCCUUCGGUGACAACAAUAUCUUCAAGACCAAGGGAGGCUUGGCUGUUAUGGGCGCGGCCUUGAAGAAGGGUGUCGUUUUGGUCAUGUCCAUCUGGGAUGACCAUACCGCAAACAUGCUCUGGUUGGAUGCUCCUUACCCACCUACCAAGGACGAGAGCGAGCCAGGUGUCUCCCGAGGAGAGUGCAGCAGGGAUUCUGGAGAUCCAAAGGUUGUCGAAGCCGAGAGCCCAGACGCAUCCGUCACAUACUCCAACAUCAAGUGGGGUCCUAUUGGUUCCACCUUCAAGGCUCUCUAA